GACCUGGAUACAGAACUAGAGCGGAUAAGUAUUACAUUGCACGUUAACAAAAAAGAUUAUAGGCACACUGGAGGACAGAACUAGUGUAUUUGCCCAUAUCACUUUAGAUUCAAAGUGACCUUAAAUUACGUGCUACUGCAUGUAAGUUAAUAACGAGAACUGCAAGGCACAGCCCUUUGCCUAGGCACGGUGAGCUUUCACAAUCCGUGGGCAAAAAGGCUGGGUAAGGAGUGCUUCUUCAGAAAAGGUGUAGCAGGUCUGAGCAUCAUAUGCCUUCCAGGGAUGUACAAUACAAAGCCAGUGAACAGAAAUAAAUAGAACAGCAGUCACAGUAGGGGGAUAUAUUAAAGCAUCGGAGACGUGGUAUAUAAAGUCAUCCCAUUCAGUACAGCGCUAGUAAAGGCCAGCUGGAGUACCUUAUCCAGUUCUAAGUGCUACACUGCAAAGCGAUGUGGGCUAGCUGGAAGGAAUACAGAUCAGAGGAGAGAAAGAAUAAUCUUUGGAUUUGGAAGAAAGUUGCUGCCAAGGAAAUACGGCAGUUACUGCUAGUCCUGUCGGGUGGCUACGGAGAGCAACCUACAUUUCCAUGAGGAAGUUCUAGGAUAGAUGUUUGGAGUUCUGAGCUGUAAAGACAGCGGUAUGUGUAAGGAGGUGGUGGAUCUGUAUCACCAGAGGUUUUUAAGAAUAAAAGUUAGACAAAUUACUGUCAGGAGCUGGUUGGGUAUACAUGGUCCUGUGUAGAAGCAGGAAGUAGACUAGGUGACCACUUGAGGACUAGUUUAACCAAGCAGUCUGUAGUACCAGAUUGAAAUGAUAAUAAAAGGAGGCUCCUCAGGAAGUGAUUUUUUCCAUUAUUUAAAAACUCUACUUUAAUAAUGAGAGUUUUUUAGUAUAAUCACCCAGUGAAAAUAUAUAGGUUCUAUCCUUUCAAGUAACAGAAGUAAUGUCAAUUAUUUGAGGGGUCACUGGCAGUACACAGUUCUAGUCCUGUUGUCAAUUAAAAUCAAAAGCAAUUGUUGGUGUGUGUUUUUUGUGUUUUGGUUUUUUUCUUUUCACUUCAUUUUUAUUUUUGGCCUGAUCCUACUUUCCUUGCACAAGGUUGUUGCAUUCUGCUGAUAACUGGAAGUAAAUUAGGCACAUGUUGUGUGUUCUCCAGAGAUGUGUCACCCCUAUGAGAAACUAACAGUGCUGCUGUACAGUAGAUCUUAAUUUUAGCUAUGCCAUGUGCUGUGUGCUUGGAUUCUGUGGUUUUGUUAGCAGGCACGUCAGUACCUCUAACACAGAUAAACAAGGGCAAGGGACAUUUUUUUCCCUUCUAAGUAAUUAGCAGUAGGUAGGCAAGCCCUAAUGUGUCUGUGCACGUGCACAACGAAUAGAUCAAGUACAUCAGAAAACUGACCAAGACUCUGCAGUGGAUUCUAUCCCUAAGCACCCUCAGGAGUCAGGGCUCAGAAGAUUGUAGUGAAACUGUAAGCAGCCUGGCAGGUUUCCAGCUGAUGAGUUAAUGCUGCUAUAAACUUCAGUAGUUCCUCUCUGAGGCAUGCAGAAGGGUGCAGACACUGGGAAAGUAGCCAAGAAAGGCAAAGAGCAGACAGCGAAGCUAAAGGCCAGCCUCAAGGAUCCACAACACUAUUGUCUUGGAGGUGGUUUGCUCCCAUGCCAGAAACCUUCUCUGUCACUCCAGUGGAAGCACUGGGAAUCAGUAAACAAAUUAAGGUGCACAUUUAGUGCAGAAGUGGCCUGACUCGAUUGGCAUAGCUUGAGCAAAGGUAGCUGUGCUCCACACCCCUGCCACGGUUGUUAGUUGGCAGCACAUGGUGCUGCAGAAGGUGGUGGGUUCUCAGCCAUGCCAUGGUAGUUUACUGAGCUUAGAGCUGCAGCCCGGCAGUUUAGGUUUUAACUCGGGUUAGUGCUUCCAUCCCAAGCCUAGACAGGAGGCACUGAAGACCCGGUAAGUGAGUAGAGCAUCAGCAGGUCAGAUCCGUGGGGCAAAUGGAACACAAACAGCAAACAGCAAACAGAAACAUUUGGUUUUUCUUUUCUCUUGUAGAGAGAGCUAGCAGCAGAAAGCUAUUUUUUGUUUUCAGUUUAAGUGAAGCAUUCAGCUCAUAAAUAUUUUGUGCACAGUGAGUUUGGGAAAAAAAAAUAGGCAUUACAAUGGAUUAUAACUACGCAAUAGGAGAUCUGUUCAGCUGAUGAUGGUUCUUGCUGAGAAGCAGCAGCUUUUGUAGCAGACAAUGGGCAGCUAGAUUCCUCCCCAUGCACACGCACCUCUGGUAACAAACAAAGGAGUUGGCUGCUUAGCAGUGCCUGCCCAGGCUGGGUUCGCUUUAGCUGGCUUUUAUCCUCCUGGGGCCUCACCACCAGACUAGACUGAGUGCACCGCAGGCCUGGUGUGGGGAUGGUGGUUUGGCAUUGCGUGCCGUGGUGCAGUUGUUAUGCAUUGUGCUCAGCCUAACUUCUUGGGUAACCAAGGGUGUACCUGGGCCAACUGCGGUUCCACAGAUGUCAGAAGCUGUAGUGGGACAUCCCAGCUGUAGUAGCUCCUCCCUCAGCAGGCACCUAAGGGCCCCUUGAGCCAAACCCGCUAUACCAAAGCCCACCUAAACGGUUCUGUGUUCAGUUUUGAACUUCAGCAUCUUGGGAAAGAAAUGAGAUUCAGUUUAAUUUCUAGUCUAUAACGCAAAAGCAAGGAGAAUUCUUAAGAGACUAAAAUCUACUUGUAAUGAGCGCUGUAACAAACACUGUAUUCCCAUGGAAGCAAAUUUAAAUGAUCUAAGUUACCCGGUGCGACCUCCUGCAUAUUAAGCAUAGUCUGACUGAUUAAACAGACUUCUUAUGCCAAAAGAGGGAAAUAGUCUACCAACUAAAGUUCUACAAGCAUGAUUAAACAGUAAUCACAUCUGAGAGGGUGAUCUUCAUGUGGUGACCUGUUUGCAGAGCAGCCUGUGGCUGCACACGUGUUUGCUUGCCCGAAGCAGAUCCCUUGUAGGAAAGCAAGAUCCAUAAAGAUUUUAUAUGGUCAUGUAGUGCCGAGCUCCAUAGGGCUUCCUCUUCUAGCCCAGAGUGCUGGGGUGCCCAUAGUUAGGAAGCGUUGAAGUAGUAACCUUGUUGCCCCUUUUCCAAUUUUGGUUUGCUUUUGUUUGUGUAUGUGAAGUAUCAGAAAGCCGUAGUCACAGCUGGUGUACUUAAUUUCACCAGAGCAAACACACUGUAACUCCAGUUACUUAAAAGAGAAAAAAGGCACAAAAGUAAAAGGGACGUCACAAAAGCAGGACAGUAAGAGUGCAGUAAUUCAUUUGAUAAUAUACAGUACCUAACCUUAAACAGAUCGAUAUGUGGAGAGAUCAAUUACUUUUCAAAUACUAUGAAAGAAUAUUGUUUUUCCCCAAGUAUUUCAAUUGACUAUUUUUCAUAUGAAGAGUGCAGAGUAGCAUUUUCCUUUUUUUUUUUUUUUUUUUUUUUUUUGUCUUUUUUUUUUUGUCCUGGGAAUAGCAGAAAUGAAAUAAUUCCUUAUCAGCCAGAAGGCAAGCAGUUGAUACUGAACAACUGUUGGGGGCUGAGCACAGCAUGGUUCCCCUAGAUAUAAAGGGCAUGCUGGGCAAAGUUCCCAUAAAGUGGGUGUGCCUUACUGGAAAUUAGUGAAAAUGGGGGGCAGAGGUGGAGAAAGUAGAAAUGGGAGUUGUAUUAAUUGCAUACAUUUUUUGUCAUCACUUGAUUUUCUUUUGUAAAGCAAGCAAGCAGUGUAAGAAUAGGCCUGCAGUUUGACAUUGAUAAUUCUCAUCUGGGUAGAAGGAAUUGAGAACGAAUAUUUCUUACAAAUUACACAUUUGUCUUUUGUGUGAUUGUUUUAUGUGUUGCUUAAAAUGACAUAUGAAAGCUAGGAACAAUGAUUUGCUGAAUUUGGUCUGACACUGCGUUCCAUGCAGUGUUUUAAAGAUGGUGGAAAAGAGGAGCUGGUGCUGCAAGAAGCACCUGAAGGACACUUCGAGCUUUUCUGUGGAACUGUGAUACAGCACUGAAGUGGAGCAUAACCUGACUAUGUAAGGCUGCCUUUAGUAGUAGAUUCUUAAUGAAGGUAUUAAAAUGCUGAAGAAAAAAGGUGUUGCUUUGUGUGUAUGCAUUGUUUUUCUUUUUUUUUUCUGGAGACUGUGGCAGAUGAAUCUUUCCUAGCCUAGAUAUCAUAAGCCAAAAUCCACCUGUCCUCACACAUUCCUAGACUGUAUAUAGCAACCAGAAAAAUCUUUGGACUUGGGAUCCUGCUCAGAGGCUGUGUGAGGAUCCUGAUACAGGCUCCCUGGCUGCCUGCUGCUGUGGCUGUGGGCACAGUGCUGCUCCUGGUGCAGAGCUCUGGGCUGGGCUGCUGGGGAGGCAGCCUGAGUGCAGGGCUAUGUCAUGUGAAGGCAGAACGUGGCUCCUCAUCUUCUGGGGUUCCUUUGGCCAUUUGUAUCUCCUCCGAGUUGCUCCGUGUGCUUUCUCCUUGCUGAAAUCUGAGGAGCAGGCAGCGUGAUGCUUGUGCUUUACACUCCUGUUGCCUACUUUUCACUUCAAGAGUGUCCUCUGAUGUAGUAGUUAGACAAAAUCAGUUUUUAAAUUCUACCAGAAUAGCAGCAUUACAUACAGGUUUGGCAAUGCCUAAUGUUUCUUCACUCCUGUGUUCAGAUUGAGACCUUUGAAGUGUCUUAAUAAAAUCUCUGAUCUGAAUUGUCAGACUCAGCUGUGGCCUGCACUUUCUUUUUGUUCUUCAACAUGGGGGUAAUCAGACAGGAGUGACAGUGAGCAGACCUCUUCCUGCGCCUGAGAUAAGCUGCAGGCCUCCCCUUUCAAGUCCUCCAGCCAGGCAGGAAGCUUUUCAGGGUAGGUAGCACCUGCCCACCUCAGCGAUAGCAGCCAGCUUCAGGGUAUAAGGAGGUAAGGUUGCUGUUUAAAAAAUACUAGUGCACCAAUGGAAAUACCACUUUGGUCUUCAGCUUCUUAAAAGUCUGUGAAAAAGAGCAGAUGCUCAGAGGAGAUCGUACUGCCCCAGGUCUUGGCCCAGACCAGUUCAUGUCCAGAAGCAUUUCAGGUUUGUUAACUUUGGAAGAUCCAUGGACUUUUGAAGUCUGAAGGGAAAGGCAAGGAAAGAACAAUGGAUUGCAUAGAGAGCAAUCCAUGUAGUAUAGUGAAUGUUGUUUCUGAAAGUAAUUCUAAUGAUUGUUUUCUGAAAUUGGUCACUGAUUGCAGAAUGGAGGAACCUGUACUGGGUAGUUUUGAUGUAGGUGUCACUAGAGGUGCGUGCUUGGAGAGUGGUGGCUCUGAGAUGCUGUGCUGGAGCUGCUUAUGCUUUCCAUAUGCAGAAUCUCUGUUAGGUACAGAGUAGGCUGACUGAGUGUUUAGCUCUGAGAGUCCUCCUGGCACUACGAGGGCAUGUAGCCAUGGCAGUGCCAGCUAGAUAGAAGCCAAACCCUAGAAUGUAUUCAGACUGUAUGCAGAACAGGCCAGAGAAAUACACCGCUGUGCUCUUCAGUCCUAGUGCUCUUGUGGACUGUGUAAAAUUGCACUAUUUUGAGUGCUGUCUGAUAUUGCACCCAUGAUCCUGAAUGACUUCAACCCUGAAUAUGAGCAAAUGUUUUACUAGGGGGGGCAGCUGUGCUGCAGAGCCAAGCUGGGAUAUCUCUUCUUGUUAGUGAAGAGCUCUUUUAAAGCUGCAUGCUCUGCUCAGAGCAUGGCUCAGUGUGACCGUGCUAGCUGGUGGUGUGCCUCAGUCUAAGUUAAUAGUUGCUCUGAUCUUUCUAGCCUUGUGCUGAAGUUUUGGCGCUUGAGUCUGCAAUGUCAUUAAAAUAGGUGUUUGGGGAAAAAGAUCUUCCCAAGUGAAGUUUGAAAGACAUCAGCUUUACUGUUAAAUCUUUCUAUUCUCAUUUUGGGAGUCUGCAGUAAGUUCUUCCCUGUGUUAUUAAUCCUUCUGGCAGGCAGAGUUAAUUUGUUUGUGUGUUAGUCUUCAAGCUGCUGGAUGAAUUAUAGAUUUAAUUAUGGUCCAGGUGCUCAGAGCUUUGCUGUUUGUCUAAAAGUGAAAUAUAAAGGAAAAGUAAGUCAGAGUAAUUUUUUGGCUUGUUGAAUAAAUGUAAACGUUGGGAAACCAUGUCAGGGUAUAAAUAAAGAGAGGAUUUACUUCACAUAGAAUGUUGUUAUCUGCUCCACUUGGUGGGAGGACUCAUGCUCUGCACUGAACUGGGACACACCUUUUCUGGCUAGAGCUGUACGCAGCAAAAGCUUAACAACUUUUACCUGUGAUUUCCCAUGCUUUUAGACAAAGUUUCUUCUGCAAUUACAGCCAACUACUCAUGGCCAAAGGUUGAACUGAGUUAACAUAGUCAUGACGAGAAAUGCUGCCUGGAUUCCCUGAUAGGUGGAGAUAAGCCACCCACUACUUGUAGUGUUCAUCUCUGUCACUCCCAUCUUUCCAUCUUUGCUUGGCACAGCUUUAUUUGCAGUCCUCAAAUGUUCUCUUACCGCAACACAACUUAUUUAUUUAUGUUUGUUUCUUGUCCUAAAACAGUUUUCCAUCAUACUUUGCUUUAAUCUGUAUGAAAAUGACCUUUGGGGGCGACAUGUAAUUCCAUGAGAGCUCUUUUCAUAACUUGUUGUUCACAGUCAGGGCAGAAUGUAAGAUCCAAGGAAAAGUGUAAUUUCUGCACUUUGCAAACUUCUUUUUUCUGGCAGCUAUAGAACUCCUUUAAAAACCUGAAUUGAUGCAUUCUGCCCAACCAGCAUUGGUCCUUUCGCAUUAGAUCCUUGGAUCCUGGCUGUCCAAAAUGUGUUUUCUUGUGCAAGCUUUAAAUCUUUUUCUUGUGAGGUAGCUAAAUGCCAGAAGAUAAGAGCUUUCUUCCCUGUGAAGGCGGUCUGGGCGGCUGCUUCCUGCUCCGUACCUAAGGGCAGGGCUGCAGCACGCAGCUCCCCAUCCCAGCAGGGCAGCAAGGGCAGGGACACGGCCCUGCAGCUUCUGUGUGUGUGUGUGAAUGUGUGCGUGCAUACAAAUAAACUGUAUAUUUAUACUGUGAGGAGGUGUUUUCUUUUUACUGAGAUUUCAAAGCACAUUUGGUCGAAAGGCAGGUGUAUGAGCUACACUAAUUCAUUCGGGCUCACUUCUCUUCCUCGUUUCGACGAUUUUUAAUUACCGCCUUUCUGCUCUGUGGCCUUGAGUCAGAGAAAGCACACCUCACCUUCCUCACCUUUUCCAGGAAAGCCCUUGAGUGUAUGAGUGCAAGACGAAGAUCGGCUGCUUUCACAAGAUCAAUUUAUCCUUGCAGUUGUCCCCGUAUGCUCCUUUUCAUCUGCAGUGUAGACAAACCCAUACCGUGGUUCCGUUUUUCUUUUUGGUGCAGCAUAACAGGUACCCUCAGGAGUCUGCUGUUCCCCAGACAGAAUUAACGUAUUUGAUGUGUCUCCCGAGGAAGCAGCCAAAAGUACAUGCUCUGACCUCAUCUUUCAGCUUUUUCAUUUCCUUUACUGGCACUUAAUGAAGUUACCAGCACAACCAUUAGAGAUGAUUAUGUAAUUAUUCAGUUUCUUGUUGUACUGUUUAAGCGUGAAGUAUUGAUGCUGAUUCUUCAUUUUGGCCUGGUACAGCUGUGGCAGUUUGCUCUGGUUGUCAGUUAGGAAGUGUACUGGAUGUUGGAGCUGGUAAGGAGCUUGCUUAUGUGGGGGAAAUCUGCUUGUUUUAGAGCACUUUGAUAUUUUGGUUUGGCACAAGGAGAAAUUAGGUUAAAUUUUAGCUAUCACUUCUUAAUGUCUCUGUAUUUUCCUUGCUUUCUGAUGCUCAGUGCGUUUCCAAAAGUUUUGUCAGUGCUAUUGGAUUCAUUUUUUCUGCCUUGCUCUUAACACUGUUAACACAGCUGUGCAGCCCUGUUUGUGAUGCUGCUGUGGUUAGUGGCUCUGUGAGUUGAGCCUUACAGAUGUUAAGUUUUCUUGAUAUGUGGCAGCUUUUGAUUGGGGAAGGUGUGCGUUCUAUGUCUUAAUUUGCGUACGUCUUUAAUGUGGCUAUGUUUAGAAUAAGAUUAGGAAGUAAACUCUUGGUAGGGAUUUUCCUAUUAGAGAGUCUAAAUUUAGCUUCUUUUUUAUGUAAGGAUAAUGUUAGAUUGUAAAAUAUAUUUUGUGGGAGGUUUGUGAAUGAAUGGAGCGCAUGUUGACCAUGUAUAGGCUUUCAAGUCCUUUACUAGGGAAGGAAAUGCAGCUGAUGGCUGUAUGUUGGCGUGAUGCAGUGCUGUCACAGGACACUGUGUAACUGCUGGCUGCUAGCUUAGAACCACAUCUUCAUCUGGUACCUUGUUCACUGUCCUGUCCUUAGGUUAUUCAAUAAAACAUGCAGUGAAACAGUAGAAAAGCUCCUAGACUUUGUCUUCCAAACAGCUGUUGCUGUCUUACACAAGGUUCUUCAUGUCUUAUACAAAACAGUCGUUUUCCUUGACAGCAAACAUGAUUAUGAAGAAUUAUUUUCUCCUCACAUAUUACUAUAUAUUUUUAUUUAAAAACUGAAUUAUAUAGGUCAGUCCUUUUCCCUUGGUUGGAAGCCAAAUGGAGUGUACUGUAAUUCCUGGGGAUAGAAGUGCUACUGCAUGAAAUCCUUCUUGAUGUGUUUUUCUCUAUAUUUCUAACUUUAAGAUCAUGCCACACUCCUCAAAUUCCUCUUGUUUCUAGUACUGACUGUUCUUAGUGGGCUUGACACAUUGCUUUUUGCAUGUGGUUGUGAAUAGCUGCUUAUAGUGGUGCGGUGUGUUAAACGAGGUUGGCUUUGCACCACGGACUUGUGAUCCUAAACAGAGCUUUGCUGUAAGCACACUCUAGAUGCCCUCUGCCUAGUGCUGAGGAACUCUUUCCUUGAAAAUCGUGUGCCUUUUUAAUGUGUCAUGGCUCAAUUAUCACAUUGGGUUUUGGCUGCCAAAAUAGCCGUAUAUAUUGUCUAGCGAGUGACAGCCUGGGCCUUUCUCUCUCCCUGGCUGUUUGCCAGCUGUUUAAUUGAAGCCCUGUGUUUGCUGUGUGUCACAUCUUAUGGUGGUCUAUUAUACCCAGCUAAAACAAUAUUUUGAAAAUAUUUCAAAUGUAAACUAAUUCUGUGAGAGCUUACAUCCUGUUAUUUACAUGAUCUGCUGAGGACGCCAUGUAGGUCAUUUUCUUUCCCUACAAAUAUGAACAUUUGUACCUCAGAUCAUCUCUUGAAUUUCUAGGGCAGAGAGAAGGCAAGAUGGGGAUGCAGAAAUGCUAUCCUGUCCCCAUGAGAGAAGUAAUUAAUGAUGUACACUCUCCACGUAAUUUUUCAUUUGUAGUUUCAGAGACGUUUUUAAAGCCAAAUAUUCUCUUUCUUCUGCCCUUUGGAAAAGAGCAUAGACAUAUAGCGGAGAUCCCAGUGGAGUAGCAAAGCCUGUGGGUUGUGUUUCUCAUCCAACAGAUAUACUCUGGGUAGAAACAGUUCUGGGCUUUGAGUGAGUGCUGCCAGAGGCAGGGAAGGAUCAGCUGCUGUGACAGCACGUUGGGUUCAGCAGCCGCCAGCUUCCAGUCAGCAAGGACUCACAGCUCGCAUUGCUCAUGGCAGAGCUGGACUCCAGAGCUGUGUUGCAGCCCCACACAGCUGGGGGUAGAGCACAUGACACCACUGUGUUGGGGGUGAAGCUCUACACUGUGCCUGAGUGGGGGAUCCUUGCACUAAGCAUGAAUCCAAGAGAGCUUUCCCUGCUCAUCUUUGCAGAACUAUUAAUCUCUUGCUCAGUUGCUCUCAAAAGAGCAUCUUGGGGAAUUAUGGCUCCUGGGUGAGAUUCCUUUGCCUUAGCCUCGGAAGUCAUGAAUGUACAUUAGCUGACAUUCUUGACUACGUAGAUAUUUUUGGCAGAAACUUUUCCGCUGCUUUAAGAAGAAAUCAGGAUUUAUUCUACUGCUUGUUCAGUAAGAAGACAGUCUGUUUAACAAGAAAGAAAUGAUAGAAGUCUAAGGAAACAGCUUUACAAUUUUAGGUCAGAGGAGAACAGAGCAGAAGAGAGCUUAAGGAAGAUUCCAUUUUUGUGCAGAACUCCAGAUUUAUAAUUAAGUAGUAAGUGUUGGCAUUUUAAAAAUGGAGAGGAAAGGACAGCCUGUGGGCAGAAGUAGAACGACAACAUUUUUUUCUUCUUAAUCAGAGGGGAAAACAUCCCAUCUGGAUAAAGCCAUCUAGCAUUUUGGAAGAGGUCUGAUAUUGAAGUGUGUGUUUAUAAAGGGAAGUAAUGUUGUUGGAGUUGACGACAUUAAGGCUGUUAUGUGGACGGAGUGGUAUUGUGUGUGUGCAUAAUAUAUUUGAGUGUGUGCCUGCAUGGUUUUUUUCUGGCAAAUGUAUCCCCACCUUUGUCUGUCCUCUUCAGGUAGGGGAAUGGCGUUAGAAGACACCUGGAAGAGCGCUGUGGUAUAUAUGGGGCAGUGCGGGUGUGAGUGAUGGUGGCACUUCUGCUGCGCUGUGUUGAGUGUGUUUUAUGUGUGAGUUUCUUGCAUGUUUUAAAUCACAGUACUUGUUUGGGAGUCUAGAGGCAUCAUCAACUGACUUUUAUAAUGUACAGAUCAAGUUGGUGCUGAGAGGUAGCUUGGCAGAAGUUCUUACUGUGUAUGUGCCACCAGAUUUGGUGAGGCACGCAUGUGUGUGUGUGCUGCCAAAGCAGAGAAUUUGGGCAGCCUCCUCACGUGUAGAUUGAAAGGAUUUGUUAAGAAGUUGUAUUCUCAGUCUCUGACUUUUCACAUCUUGUCCCUCCCUCUCCCUUCUCCACAGUUGCAAGGUGGAAAUAACCAGGGCUGAGCGCUGGCUCUUUGGGUGGAAUACAGGCUGUGACUUGGUAGCUGCUUUGAAGAAAUGAGACUUCCUCUCCAGGCCCAAUGUUCAGGGCUAAAGCAGGCCAUGAAAGGGACGCUUCCCUUUCUGUCAAAUUGGCUUUUGUUUCUUAGAUCCAUUAUGCUGGAAUGCAGCCUUGAAACACCAAUUUUCUUGUAAGGAGGAAGCAGAGCCAAUUGAUUUAAACUUCAAGUUGCAUCUGCCGGCGAUUUCCAGCAGCAGCUAAUUGCAGCCAGCAGCUCUCAGCAGCAGGUGACCGAGCUGUUCCUCCUCACAAAGAAAGCACGGAGCUUAAACCUGUGCAGGGAUUAUUUUCCUUUUCCCCUCGAGACUGUAAAGCAGAGGUUAAAUUCUUCAAGUGGGCAUUGACACGUGCCGAGAGAGAUCUUCCAAAAUUAGGUGAAUCAUUUUAUUGUGCAAACAGUAUCCGUAGCUGUUUCCUUGAACUGAAAGGUAACUUGCAGGGCCUUGCUGUGUCGUCAAUUGUUUCAAACCUUCUGUGAUGUACGUUUAAGUUCUGAUGUGAGUACCCAGCUCUUUCCUCAUGCUGGAAGUCCCACAAGUAGGGGGAUUUACCCAGGGUAAAUAAAAUGCUGCAGGUCUUUCUGCUGAAUUGAAACAGCAGAUUUGAAAAUGCUUGCGGGUACUGAAAAUGUUACACUUCCUUGAAAUUGUAGCUUCGCUGCCGUGAAUUUCCUUCUGCAACAAUGAAUCUUUCAAAUAAAGGACAGGGCACGGUUUUUUCCAAUUCCCAUCGCUAGAUGGCGGUGCUUAGUAGCCUAACUGUCGGAUGUUGCUGUGAAGAUAGCCAACGUUAAUGUACGUCGACAGAGCAAUUCCAAAAUAUUUAAAUCUUUCCGUGCGCUUGUCUUUGCUUUCCUCCUUUCUAAAUCCCAUUUGUAAUUGCUCAGGAGAGACUGCCUCACGUGAGUGUUAUUUCUGCACAUAGAGCUCCUGGUCUGCUGCAGCUCCCGCUGUGUCUCUGCUCCCUCCCUUGCCUCACUCGGACCCUUGUUGAGGUCCCUGGCAGAGGGACCAGGGCUCGACAGGAUCCCGUGCCACACAGUCACACAUGCUUCUCUACGCACGACUAACCUCUUCAGUGUGUGCGCUGACAUGCUAACAGAAGGGCCGCAGGGAUGGGGUUAGCUCAGGCAACAAGCCAUGCCAGUGCUGCUUCCUGCAAAGCUCCAUGGAAGAUGUUUUUCUUGAGUAUGAGAUCUGCUGUUAUUACGAGCAAUGUGAAAUCAAUGAAAGAAUUUUGUUUGCUUGUUUUUCUUUUUUUUUCUGUUGAUCGUCACCGGCUGUUAUUAUUCCAGCUGGUUUCCUGAGCUGUGUCAGUGGUCAGUCGUGCUUCCCGGCUGCAGUGCUGGCGUGGCAGCACUGUGCCAUGCAUGGGCAUGGCUCAGCCUCGGCUGGCUCUCAUGUGGCUUUUUCCCAGGCAAGGCAAGAGGAAGCUUGGCUGUAAUGCCAGCUGCCUGUUUAGCACAGAGAUAUCAAGUACAUACGCUUGUUCAGGGAAGACAGCAAGGGGAAAGGAUAAACCCAAGCAGCUUUUGUGCAGUGCUUUCUAUGCAACUUCGUCAUCUGCCUCUUCUAAAAUUGCCGGCCCUAAAGGAGAUAACAUUUAUGAAUGGAGAUCAACUAUACUUGGACCUCCGGGUUCUGUAUAUGAGGGAGGCGUUUUUUUCCUGGAUAUCACAUUUUCAUCUGACUAUCCAUUCAAGCCACCAAAGGUUACUUUCCGCACCAGAAUUUAUCACUGCAACAUCAACAGUCAGGGAGUCAUCUGUCUGGAUAUCCUGAAGGACAACUGGAGCCCUGCUUUGACUAUUUCAAAGGUCCUGCUGUCUAUUUGUUCUCUUUUGACAGACUGCAACCCGGCUGAUCCUCUGGUUGGAAGCAUAGCCACUCAGUAUCUGACCAACAGAGCAGAACAUGACAGGAUAGCCAGACAGUGGACCAAGAGAUAUGCAACAUAAACAACAAACUACUUGUGCAGUGUGAAGGUGCAGAAGGCAACUUUACAGUGUGCAACAAAUCUUUAUAGCCUUUACAAUACGGACUUCUGUGUAUAUGUUAUACUGAUUCUACUCUGCUUUUAUCCUUUUGAAGACUGGGAUACUGCCUCCCAAAAAGGUAAAUGCUAUCAAGAGUAGAAAUUUGUAGCUGUAGAUUAGUUAUGUUUAAAAUGCCUACUUGCAAGUCUUGCUUCUUUGGGAUAUCAAAAUGUAUUUUGUGAUGUACUAAGGAUACUGUUCCUGAAGUCAACCAAAUAUUAUAGUGCAUUUUAGCCUAAUUCAUUAUCUGUAUGAAGUUAUUAAAGGUAGCUGUAGAUUACUAGGAAUUAUGUCAUUUGUAUUAAACCCAGAUCUAUUUCCAAUAUGUGGUACAUGCUGUUGUGGAAACUGUUUUAACUUUUACCUUUGUCAGUUUGUAAUGAAAGGAUUUCCUUUUUCCCUUUGUAGCUCAGAGAGCACCCAGUGUAUCAUCUCAAACACAAUAAACAUGUUCCCCAAGGAGUAGUUUCUUUGUUUUCCUAUUUUAAAUUAAUAUUUGAAAAAAUUUAAUUAUAGUAACAAGGCAGGGCUAAUGUAUCACAGAUCCCUGUGGAUAAUCUUUAAAUUAAUAUACAUAAGCAAAGGCUUGCUAUUAAAUGUUUAAUGCACACCUGUGGAUUGUGUAAGUUUUCCCUGGGUUUUUUGGUUUGAUUUGGUUUUAUUUUUACAGAACAAAUGCCAUUCCCAUAUUUUCCUUAACUGCUCAGCUCUUUUUCAAGUUGCAAUGAGAGCACCGCAUAUGCUUCCUCCAAAAGCUAAUGUAGCUGGUUGCUUCAGGGCCAGACCUGUUCUUGUAAUAGAUGGCCCGGUCUUGCUACAAACUCCUUUUUGCAGGACCAGAGCCCAGUUACAGAUAGUCUGGUGCUUUUGUGUCAGAGUAAAGCAAGUCAGGCUUGCUAAUCUGGAGAACCACAGUUGUCCACUGAAAAUGGUCUUCCAAAGCACGGUUAAACACUAGUCUGUCCAGAAGAGAAAGGAGUAGAAUAAACUUCAUCAGAUUUUUAUGACAGAAAAAAACCAGUUGUGGGGGAAAUUAACCUUUGUUACUGAAAAUGCAAGAUGUAAAACUUUUAGACUACUUUUCCCCCUCACCUCUUCACUUUCUGGCGUGGAAAUUUUUGUAACAUCUGUAAGUAAUGAAGAUGCAGCUUUAUAGCACAUACAGUGGAAUCACCAAUAGUUUUAUAAUUCAGCUUUUGUAGGUUGCCAGUCACACCAUCGAUUAUACAAAAAGAGAUUUGAUCCCUUUAAAUGAUUUUUAAAAUUACACCUGAUUUUCAAGUUUACUGUCCCCUUUACUACCUGGUGUUUUUGGAGAUAAUGUAGCACUUCCAUCAGUAGGAUGCUCUGCUCACUUAAUAUAUGAAAAAUGAAUGUUAAGUUUAAAUAAUAAAGCAAUAGAAAAAAUGUUAAAGAUUAAAUCUAAAGUUAGCCAUCACUAUAUAGAUCCCUGUUUUUUGUAUCACAACCUUUGAUCAUGAAUUGUCCACCCUACUUUAAAUAUUUCUACAGAUUCCUGAAGGUGGCUUGAAGAACUGCGUAUCCCAAAUAUCUCAACCUAGAAGCCAGUCUCUCUUGGUAGCUACAAGAUAGCUUUAGACUUCAGGUUAUAAAGUGCAAAAGGGAAUGAGAAACAGGGGAUCUGGCAGGUGAAUAUGCCUAAGUCGGGUAACAGACUAAUGCCAGGAAAUGAAGUGCUGGAAAUCACUGCUGAUGGUGACCAGAGUUUCUCAUUGUGUCGUUGAACAUGUGAGAAAUAGCACAGAUUGGCAAAGCAACAAGGGGCUAUCGCAUCCGGGCUGGACAUCUACGGUCUGCUCACUGCUGUCCAGUAGUGCACUGCUGUGCUGCGCAGUGCUCGUACACCACUCCGGUGACUUUCCAGUGAAGAGCAAACUAUGUAUUUCAUGUGUUAAUUAUGUUGCCUACAGAAUUUACAGAUAUUUAUAUCAUGAAAUAAUAUGGUAUAAAGAAAGACAGGUUUUAAUUCUAAUUUUAAUGUAUUUUGUUUUUGUAUUGUACUGACAACUUCAUCUACUGAGGUGUACAAAUGUGAUGCCUCGUCAGUGUUGCCCCAUCUUGCCUUCCUUGCAAUUGGAUCCUUUACACUGAAUUCUCAUCCUUUUUCUUCUCUUUUUUUUCCUUUCUUUCUUUCUUUUUUUUUUUUUUUGUUGUUGUUGGUUUGUCAUCAUUCUGUUCUUUUUUAAUGUAGUUUUUUUUGCGUGUAAAUUUUAUAUUUACUGAAGUAAAGGUUGUUUUUGUGUAAACAUUUAAACUUUAAGAAAGAAAAAAGAAAAGCUAAUUUUGUUUCUCAAGUUCUCUCUGCUAAAACAUGCAGUAGAAAGAAAUUUGUAUUGUUAAAUAAAUCAAUUAGUUGUUAAAUGCGAA